UGCGUAUUUCAUGUUAUUGAGUAUUUUAUUUAUUUUCAAAUGCUAAUAGUUUAAAUCCUUCUCUCUUUUUUGAAAGAGAGAGAGAGGAUUUAAUCAGAAAGAAAGAUUUCUGGUACAUUUAGCCCUAAGAAAUUACCCUAAUAGGCCACUUCCAGAGUGCAUUCUCUAGUUGACAUUUUCUGGGCAAAAUAUGGGUCCAGUUAGCAAAACAAACCCCACCCCCCCUGGAGUUAAUACUAACAAAAGCUGGGGAUCGGUGGAGAAAGAAGGAAGGGAACAACGGACAAUCAAAGCCUGUUAUUUUAAUCUGCCCAACCCCAGAGAUUAGCCGACCACAUUGUUUUAAUUGUUUUAAAGGGGGGGGGGGGCGCAAUGCCCGCUCAUUGAAGGGAGAUGCUUUGCCUAAAUCUCCCAAAUUCAAUAGUUUCAAAAAACUUGAGCCCCAAACCCCCCUUUCUCACCCUCAUCCCACUUAAUCCAGGCUAAUACCUUUCUUUCUAUUGGCUAAUGGUUGAAGGAAGCUGAAGUUAAUGCCUCUUAAAUAGUGGAAACUGAGCUGGAGAGGACCUAAAACACAGUCAACGUGGAGCAUUACAGGUCUGCCUUGCCUAAAGAAACUUUAUUAUCAUAUUUUGGGGGAUUUUAGCAGCUUCUGUGAAAUGUUUCCUUGGGAUUUAAGUAUCAUAUGAGAAAAAUAAAAAUCUGGGUAAAUGUUUUUUGCAACUGAUCAUCAUUCCAUAGUUCACUGGAGGUCGCAAUCAACAGCAUGAAUUCUGUAUAUUUCUGUGGAGCAAGAAACGGCCAGGGGCCUUUUCAAUUACAACGCGUCAACUCGUUAUUUCACGAGGCUCACCAGCAGAUGGCGCAGCAGUAUCAGCUUCAUACAGCGGCCAGUCCAGCGUCGAUGCAGACUCUCACUGUGGCGGAGCGCCUGGCGGAACUCAUCCUUGAGGCACGCUACGGGAACCAGCAAAAGCAGCGCCGCAGUCGCACCGCCUUCAGUGUGUCCCAGUUACAGGCGCUGGAAAAGGCCUUUCAGCAAACCCAGUAUCCAGAUGUGGGCAUGAGAGAGAGACUAGCAGUCUGCAUCAACCUCCCGGAGGCCCGUAUCCAGGUGUGGUUCAAAAACAGACGUGCCAAAUAUAGAAAAGGUCAACGCUUUGCACCCCUUUCCAAAGAAGAAAGCCAAAUGCAUUGUCCUGCAACUCAACAAAAGAAAGAAUUGGUGAAGAACCAGGAGAAAGGCUCUAAUUCAAAAUCUCAAUCCUCUAUUAGGGAAAACAACACCAUUCCUUCCUCAUCGGACUCUAUUCACCUUCAUUCCCACCCAAGAGUACACUCCUCAGCUGUUCUUCCAUUUAUUAAUGGAGAACACUACCAACAACCAAUGCCUCAUGCACUUGGGCUGCUGUCUGCAGGUCUGCCUUUCUCUCCUACUUAUUUGCCUAUAAUACAACAGCAGCAUUGCACAGCCGUCAAUCUCGUGCCAUUGGGAAAAUACAACAAUCUCAUGCUUCAGUCUGCCUGUCGAUCUAAAUCCAUGGUUCACCACCACUUGGACAUGUAAGCAUACCAGCAACCGAUAAACCCCACUGAGCCAGUUGUCCUCAUUAGGAUGUGAAGGAGGAACAGGUGUUCCUGUGUCCUUCCCCCCACCACAACAUUGUAACUUUUACUCUCAAAAUAACAGAGGGGUUUGGAUUUAGAUCUUUUUCUGUAACUUUCAUUAAGUGGUUUGGAUUGCAUUUAUACAAACGGGCUUAUUUUGUGAACUUUCUUGCUCCGUUUCGCAUAGCUUAGAGCAUUCUUGAGAAAACUGUUGUGUUGCACAUACAUAUUUGAGCACUUUGUAGAUUAUAUGAACAUAUGAUCAUUCUGAAUGCAAAUAAACAUGGAAAAACGUCUGAAUCCGUAUAUAUAACUG